GAGCUCCUGAAAAACAACAAAGAAAACACAGAAUCUGACAAAAAGAUACAACAGUAUUUCCAGGUAAGAUUAGGGUUAAAGUACAACUUACAAGGUCAAUAUAACACUUCCAUCAGUGUAAUAAUAAUCAAGUGAUUAUUGAAAAAAAAAGAAUUUAAAACCAUAUUCUGUUAAAGUUGGUGAUGUUGGACCUGUGCCGAUCUGUGUUCAUAUUCUUUCAUUAUAUUUUGAGUGAUGGAUUUAGUAUUUGUGAAAGUUGUUGUGUUUCUAAUUGUCUUCCUAGCAUUUGCGUUUCACUAGAUCAUCUGAGAGAUUUGACUGAAUCAAGAUGCUGCUGAUCAUUGAAGCUCUUCUUCUCAUUUUAGCUGCUCUAGGACAGGAUCACAGAGCUGCUGCAGGACAGAAAUAUCCAUUGGAUAUGGCACUGAAUUCUGUUGAUGACCAAUAUAUGGGCUGUAGAGAAAAAAUGAUGGAAAAACUGGUGGAGACAAAACUUCUAAAGAAUGAACUCAGAACACCUGAUUUUAAAACGGCUUGGGAAAAUAAUAAAGCCAAGCCCCCAAAUAAUAAUUUGACAAAGAAUCAUACAAUCGCCAUUUAUGUGUACAGUGAUGCUAGUGUAUAUAAGCUCUUCAAUCCUGAAACUCGUCGUGAUAAAGACCACAAACACAUGCCAUACAAAUGGUAUUCACUUCACUUUCUGUUAACAGAUGCAAUACAGAUUCUGAAAAAAACACAAAAUCAAUGCUAUUCAACUUUUCGUGGUACAAAUGUUAGAUUUAAUGAGGAUGUUCUGAACAAAGAAGUUCGUUUCGGCUCAUUUGCAUCCUCCUCUCUUGAUCAUAAAGUAGCACGACGUUUUGGAAAAGUGUCUUGUUUUGAAAUCCACACAUGUGAAGGUGCUGAUGUGACAAAAUAUUCUAAGCUUCCUCGUGAGAAAGAGGUUCUGAUUCCCCCAUAUGAGAAGUUUAAAGUUGUUGAUGUCAAAAGAAAAGAAGAGCAGAAAGAUCUCUGGUGUGAAACUGUGUUUGUUUUGGAAAGCACUGGAACAAGAAGUGACCUGAACUGUGCUCUGUUCAAGAAACCAUCCAAGACCAAAACAAAAUACUAUGUACUGAACAAUAUGCUUUGAAAUUACAUAAUAUAGUCAUAUACAUCAGCUCAAACAUUUGUUCCUCUUGGUUUAGUUCAAUCAAUAAUUCUUUGUCAGAAAACACAAUUUGUUUUAUUUCAACAAAAUGAAAUAAAGUUAUUGUUUAGUGCAUCAAAGUGAUUUUUUUAUGUGUCUAAUUCAUUUCUUCAUUUAUACUUACAUCAUUUUGCAUCACAUUACUAAACAAUUUUAGAGCUUUCUAUUUAACUAACUGCCAGCAAUAGCAUAUUAACUUCUAAAUGACCUUCUGAGUGCUUGUGGCGAUAUUUUAUUAACACUAAAAGAAAAAAGCCGUUGCU